CCGGCUCGGCCGGGCGAUCGCGCUGAUGGCGGCGCUGGCGGCGGCGGCCAAGAAGGUGUGGAGCGUGCGGCGGCGGCUGGUGCUGCUGCUCACGCCGCUCGCGCUGCUGCCGGUGGUCUUCUUCCUCCCGCCCAAGGAAGGCCGCUGCCUGUUUGUCAUCCUGCUCAUGGCGGUGUACUGGUGCACGGAGGCCCUGCCCAUCUCGGUGACGGCCCUGCUGCCCAUCGUCCUCUUCCCCUUCAUGGGCAUCCUGCCCUCCAGCAAGGUCUGCCCCCAGUACUUCCUCGACACCAACUUCCUCUUCCUCAGCGGUCUGAUCAUGGCCAGCGCCAUCGAGGAGUGGAACCUGCACCGCAGAAUCGCCCUCAAGAUCCUGAUGCUCAUUGGGGUGCAGCCGGCCAGGCUCAUCCUGGGGAUUAUGGUGACCACCUCGUUCCUGUCCAUGUGGCUGAGCAAUACCGCCUCCACCGCCAUGAUGCUGCCCAUAGCCAAUGCCAUCCUGAAGAGUCUCUUUGGCCAGCAGGAGAUUGGAAAGGACCAGGAGAGUGAAGAGAACACAGCUGCGGUGCGGAGAAACGGCCUACACACCGUGCCCACGGAGAUGCAAUUUCUCGCCAGUUCAGAAGACAAAGGCCACCCUGAGGAGGUGGAGGCUCCGCUGGACCUGCUGGCUGACUCCAAGAAAGAGGAGGAAUAUCGCAGGAACAUCUGGAAGGGCUUCCUCAUCUCCAUCCCCUACUCGGCCAGCAUUGGGGGCACGGCCACCCUCACGGGCACGGCCCCCAACCUCAUCCUGCUUGGCCAGCUCAAGAGUUUCUUCCCACAGUGCGACGUGGUGAAUUUCGGCUCCUGGUUCAUUUUCGCCUUCCCUCUGAUGCUGCUGUUCCUGCUGGCAGGCUGGCUGUGGAUCUCCUUCCUGUACGGGGGGAUGAGCUUGAGCGGCUGGAGGAAGAAGAAAUCUGAGAUAAGAGCUGACGCAGAAGAUAGAGCUCGAGCUGUGAUUCGAGAAGAAUUCCAGAACCUGGGGCCCACCAAGUUUGCUGAACGGGCUGUUUUCGUCCUUUUCUGCGCGUUCGCCAUCCUCCUCUUCUGCCGGGACCCGAAGUUCAUCCCUGGCUGGGCCAGCCUCUUCACUCCUGGGUUUCUUUCUGAUGCUGUCACCGGCGUGUCUAUUGUCAUCAUUUUGUUCUUCUUCCCGUCCCAAAAGCCCUCUCUCAAGUGGUGGUUUGACUUCAAAGCUCCCAACACGGAGACAGAACCCCUGCUGACGUGGAGGAAGGCCCAGGAGACGGUGCCCUGGCAUAUCAUCCUCCUCCUGGGAGGGGGCUUCGCCAUGGCCAAAGGCUGCGAGGAGUCGGGGCUGUCUGUGUGGAUCGGCGGGCACCUGCACCCCCUGGAGAACGUGCCCCCUGCGCUGGCCGUGCUGCUCAUCACCGUCGUCAUCGCCUUCUUCACCGAGUUUGCCAGCAACACGGCCACCAUCAUCAUCUUCCUGCCGGUGCUGGCGGAGCUGGCCAUCCGCCUGAGGGUGCACCCGCUGUAUCUGAUGAUCCCCGGCACGGUGGGCUGCUCCUAUGCCUUCAUGCUCCCGGUCUCAACGCCCCCCAACUCAAUCGCCUUUGCCUCUGGACACUUGCUGGCCAAAGACAUGGUGCGGACAGGCCUCCUGAUGAACCUGAUGGGCGUCCUGCUGCUCAGUUUGGCCAUGAACACCUGGGCACAGAGCAUCUUCCAGCUGGGCACCUUCCCGGAUUGGGCUGCUGUCCAUCCCGCCAAUGUCACGGCACUGCCACCCACCUUGGCCAACGACACACUUCAGACCUUCUGAAUUCCCCUGGGGGACUCCCUUUAGGUUGGGCCCUCCCAGUGGGCUGUCGCCACCACCUGCUGCUAGGACCCUACAGGACAAACAAUUCUUUUCUGUAAUCCAGUAUGCAGCAAGCAAAGAGUGUAACCUCCAGUGGUCCACUCAGGUCCACAGGCUCAUUAUCUAGGACACUUUCUCUUUCUCAUGCACUUCAAUGCCCAGAUAUCUCCCAGAUCUGCUGCCUGAGAAACAAGCUCCUUUAUCUGUGAGCUGUUAUAUGGUUAGGAUGCAAGAGAGCCCAAUUUCAGCAACAAUCAGCAAAUCUGGAAUGGCGUUUUUCUUAUACAGUUGGGACAGGAGGCCAUCUGUCCCCAUGGGCACAGCUUAUAUUAUCUCCCACUGACUACUUUAAGUUACACUCUAGAAAGACCUUCUUAAGGAUCACUUUCCUGGGAGAGGCUUUGGGGGCUGCAAUGUUUCGGUCCAGUUGCUCCAGCUGUUCACAACCAGUGUGCGUUCUGCUCGGCUGGUUUCCAUCCUUCAGCAGUUGUUUGAAUGGUAUAAUACUUCUGUUAAUACACAGCAGCCAGAGACUUUUUUUUUCCAAUCCCUGGAGACAGGGGGAGGGACAGGUGAUGGGAAUUUCCAAGGCCACAGAGACUGUGAAAAGCCUUCUUGCUGUUUCUCUGGGCUCCCAAGCACCCCAGGGGAGUUCUAGAAACCACAGCUGACAUCUCUACCCAAGAGGUUUAGGAUUCUCCUGUUUAAUCUGAUUGAGUUCAGCCAUAAUUCUGGGAUAAGGCCAGGCCUGGGCUCCACCUUCUCAUAGGUGACCCAUGGCCCCUCCAGCCAGGACCCUCAGGGACCUCUGUGGCUGCAG